AAGUUUUUAACUCACCCUGUACUUCGUUAAUGCAUUCCAAUGACUUCCGGUAGUUCAUUCCAGUGAAUUCCAAUGAAUUGACGUUUAGCAGCUUUUGACAUUUCGUUUUAUUCUUAAAAAAAAGUGGAAAAUUUGUUUUUCUGGUCCUAUUUAGCCCAAAUAUAACUUUUAACCAUUAUAUAUCCCAUGGCUAAAUAAUAUUUGAACUAAUAAAUAAGUUGAAUGUGCAGUUAGUGGAGUGGUGCAUGCAAAUAGAUAUUUUGUGCAAAUAUGGAGACCCUUACAUUGACGGAAACAGGUAGCACUACAACAAUGCAUGUGCAGGUCCAGCUGGAUGGACAGUCUCCCACUUUGGAACACCAAAGACAUCAUAUAAAUCAGCAACAUCACAUCGUAAAUAUUGGUGAUAUGUCGGAUUUGGCACACGAAUUACAUGAGGAUAUCGUUUCAAUACCCAAAGAGGUUAUGCUCAUAUCGUUGGUAUCACAAGAGCAGGCACUGUAUAAUCCCAAGCACGAAUACUACCGAAAUACGCAUCGCAAGGAUGCUAAAUGGUUGGAAAUUGCAGAAACUGUUGGUUGGUCAGAGGCUCAGUGUAAAUCGAAGUGGAAAGCUAUGCGUGAUCAAUACUGUCGCGAGCUGAAACGUAGCAAGUUUAAUACCAAAGCCAAUGUUAAAUGGAAGUACUUUAAAGAGUUGGAAUUCUUGCGGCCGUUUGCGUUGUCGAGAAACUAUCGGCCGCGCGCCAACACCAUAAUUACCAAAACCGAUAAUAUAACGUUGUCUAACGCUAGUAGUAACAACAAUUGCACCAAGCUGCCGAGUAUUAAAAUCGAAAAUGGUCAAUUGACAAGUUGCAAUUUCACUACCGAUGCAAAUGUUUUGGAUACAGAUGAUAAACAUGACGUCACAGCUACACGUUUGCUAACAUCUCUCACAGAUGAACAGCUAAAUUCAGUAAUGCAGCAACACGGUGGUAGUUGGAAUUAUCUUACCACAAGCGCAACAACGAGUACAACAGAUGUUCGUACGAUGCAAACAAAUCAUCAUAGCGUCAGCGAUUUGGAUGAAAACAAUUUACUGCAGCAUUCACAACAACACUCGGGCGCUGAUGACAUGCUUUGCGCAUUGGUCGAGAGCGUAACUGCAGCAGCAGGCCAAAUGCAUCAAACCCAAUCACAUAAUGACGAGGAGGAUGAUGAUCCCAUACACACUUUUCUUAAUAUGGAAAGUUUUUUCGAGAAAGACUUGAUUGGAAUGAUACAACAGGAAGAUAUUUUAUAUAAUAAUUUUCAUCCAAAUUACCGUAAUGCAAAAAUGAAGCUAGAAGUUUGGGACGAGAUUGCACGAAAGUUGAAAAAGCCAGGUGAGGAAAUCGUCGGACGCUGCCGUUUGAAAUGGAAGGCACUGCGAGAUCAAUAUAUACGUGAACAUAAACGACUCAAAGAUCGCGAAAAUUCUGAUUCACUGCCACGCUGGAAGCAUUACGAUGCGCUUAACUUUCUACAGAAAUUUAUUAAACAUAAAGCGUGUGACUUCGAUGCCAAAAAUGUAGUACAACUUCCCAAAAGCGAGCUAGACACAGACAUAGAUGACCACAUGAUUGACAGUUCGCCCAUGCGUUCGCCAAUUGAAGCGACAGUUGUAGGACACGAACUGGAACAGCAAGCAUUACCAACGCUAUCAGGUCCGCAUACGCAACAACAUCAGUUGCAUUCAACGGCGCAUGAUAUUUGUGUUGUUAGUGGCAGCAGCGUAAGCGGUUAUGAUGAGAUGGAUAUUGAUCAUUAUAUAAUUGGCCAUACAAGCGAUACAGGUGGCAAUGAUGAUGACGCCGAUGUCAUGGAUGCCGACGAUGAUGAUGAAGAUCGUAAAUCGCAACAACACUUUCCGGAUUACACGCCGAAUUCGACAAGCAAUGCGACUACAAAUUCGAAUCAACAAGAAUGUCUCAAUGAGCUAGAGACGGAAGAGCAUGAUUUCAAAGAUAUAAAGGAGAAUAAUAGUGAGCAACAAAAUGCUGUAGCAUUACAGCAGCAGCAGCAGCUGCAACAACAACAACAGCUGCAACAACAAUUACAGCAGCACCAGCAACAAAUACAACAGCUGCAACAUCACCAAACAAGAACGCAGCAACAGCAACAACAACAACAACAGUCGUUGUUAAAGAUAUCAUCACAAACCACGCUACGCAUUCAGUCACCACACAGCCACCAACAACAGCAACUCAAUCAACAGCAGCAACUCCACCACCAACAGCAGCAGCAGCAACAACAUUUGCUGUCACUAGGAGUUGGUGGAGACACGCAUACUGCCACACUCACCACAGCCGAUGAAUCUAUCAUGCAACAUCAGCAGCAGCAACAACAGCAACCACAACAGCAUCAGCAGCAACAGCAACAUGACUUUAGUAAUGAUAUAAAACCCCCACUGCAGCAGCAACAAACUCUUGCACACAGCUUGGUUAAUGGCAGCACCGCAAAUUUAACCACCAACAAUAGUGCUAACAUUUUGAGUGGAAAUUGUGCCAUAGCGGCUUUAAUGAAUGUCAGUGGCUCCUCACUCAGCAUGGAUGGCAUCAAUAUUCAGGCGAUAACCAGCAGUAAUAGUAGUAGUAUGGCAAAUAAUUCGCCAACAACAGCUACUACCACCACACUGAGUGGUACUGCCGGCAGUGCUGGUGGCGCUGCUGCUGCUGCUACUUCAAUUGCCGCAGCUGCUACAUCUACCUCAACCUCAGCUGUUAACUCAACAGCAGGAACUGAAAAUGUGGGCGAUGACGAGGUGGGCGCCUUCUUCAAAGCAGUUGCAAUGAAAAUACGCAAUGCAAAAAUGUCACCAGUGGCAUUCACCGACCUGCAGAUCGAUAUACUGCGCGUUAUCAAUGAGACGCUGCGAAAUCAUUAGCUAAAAGGGGCAUCCUUACGUUUGGUGUAUACUUUUAGUAGAUUUUUUUAUGCGUCAUUUAUGUAGUUGACUUUAAUUUUAGCGAGUAAUUACUUUGUUUAACCUAUUGAACUUCUAGAAAGAAAAGGCUAUGCGUCUAUUAUACAUUUGAAUUUGGAAUUGUGUGUCCUUGACUAAGAAUACAAAAUUAAUUGAGCUUGAACUUCCAAAAGAAAGAGAAAAAAUCCACUUUGAUGGCAGUAUAGACCUUUUUCAAUAAUAAUAGCACAAAUAUAUAUCAAUGCUGUUAGAUAUCAAUUUUUAAAUACGCAGAAAAUAUUGAAUAAUUAUUUAUAACCUAAGCAAUUAGAGGGAUAUCUUUAAGCAUCACUUUAGCUUUAACUUGAUUACCUAAAUUUUUUAACACGAUAAAAAUUCAAAGAUGCCAAAAUAAUUAUAUUUUACGCAUAACUUUAGGCUUAAAAGCAUAUAUUAUUAUGAAAAUGUAAUUUCAUACGAAUAUAUUUAUUUUCUGGUCUAGCGCCUCCAAUAAUUAGCUACUUAGGGCCCUGCAACAAGGGCUGAUUGAGUUACAACUUAAUAAAAAAAAAAAAGAUAUCAAUAAAUUAGUUGAUUACUAAAUUAAAUGUAUAGUAGGUACAUACAUAUGUCCGUUGAAAAUUUGCAUAGAUUUUUCGAAAAUUGCAUAAAGUUUCAUUGAAACCUUAUUUAAUUCCCCUUUUUAGCCUAAGCGACAUUUUCAAUUCACUGAUCAUUGAGAGAGUUUUUGAAGUGAUUUGAAACACUUUUCGCGUUGUAUUGAAUUUGUAGAUAAGGUGAAGAUUUUUUAGGCAAUACGUAUGAACAUAAAUAUUUACGAAGUUAAGCACAUGUAAAACU